AGCCAACAUGAUAGUAAAAAUCUAUAGUCAGGUGAUGAUUUCUUGUGACAGUUCUCGAUUUAAUAAUUUUUCAUCCAAAAAUUCAUAAAAAAGUAGUAAAAUGGCUCUCCAAGCUGCCGUAAAAGGAAAACUCAUCAGCGUCAUCGGUGAUGAAGAUACAUGUGUAGGAUUCCUACUGGGAGGAAUCGGAGAAAUCAACAAAAACAGACACCCGAACUUCAUGGUGGUUGAUAAAAAUACGCCAGUUAGUGAAGUCGAGGAGUGUUUCAAGAGAUUUGUUAAGCGUGAUGAUAUUGACAUCAUCCUCAUCAAUCAGAAUGUUGCUGAAUUGAUCCGGCACGUCAUUGACUCUCACACUGCUCCAGUGCCCGCUGUACUUGAGAUACCCUCCAAGGAUCACCCAUAUGAUGCUAGCAAGGAUUCCAUUUUACGUCGCGCCAAGGGCAUGUUCAAUCCCGAGGACCUGUCCAUGUUCGGAGCUGAUAACUACGCGACGUAAUUGAAAGUUUGAAUUAUUAUUAUAUUGGUGUUAUUUUAUGAAUUAAACGGAUUUAUUAUUUA